CCUUGCCCCCUCCGCUCGGCCUUCAUCAGGAGAUAGGAGGCCGCGAUGGCGGCGCCGCCGGCUAGGGCUCGGGCCGACUACGACUACCUCAUCAAGCUCCUCCUCAUCGGCGACAGCGGUGUUGGGAAAAGUUGUCUGCUCUUACGGUUCUCAGAUGGCUCCUUCACCACUAGCUUCAUCACCACUAUUGGUAUCGACUUCAAGAUAAGGACUGUGGAGUUGGAUGGCAAGCGGAUUAAGUUGCAGAUCUGGGAUACUGCUGGCCAGGAACGUUUCCGAACUAUAACUACCGCCUACUACAGAGGAGCAAUGGGCAUUUUGCUUGUAUAUGAUGUCACCGAUGAGUCAUCUUUCAAUAACAUAAGAAAUUGGAUCAAGAACAUUGAACAGCAUGCCUCAGAUAAUGUAAACAAAAUUUUGAUAGGGAACAAAGCAGAUAUGGAUGAAAGCAAAAGGGCUGUUCCCACUUCAAAGGGUCAAGCCCUUGCUGAUGAAUAUGGGAUCCAGUUUUUUGAAACGAGUGCGAAGACAAACCUGAAUGUUGAACAGGUUUUCUUUUCUAUAGCGAGGGAUAUCAAACAGAGACUCUCAGAGGCUGAUUCAAAGCCUGAGGGGGGAGGGACUAUCAAGAUCAACGAGGGUGGAGCUGAUGCAGAGGCGGCACAGAAGUCGGCAUGCUGCGGAUCUUGAACUGUUGUCGCCACGAGGAUAAGAUAGUGGUGACCUGGUGCCUGUAAUUUUUAUGGCAUUUAAUUCUUUUUCGGCCUCUUUCUUCAUGCAUUAUUUUAAGUUAUUAUUGCUGCUGUUAGGAUUCGGACAAGUGUGUGUUUAAGUCAGAACAAUUCCUUGCUGUAUCGGUGGAGACUAACUCUGAUGUUGAUAAGUGAUCACGAUUAGCGCGUAUACUGUGUGGGUAGCUGGGUUGGUGUUGUGGACUUUGGAGGUUACCACUUGGACAUAUAAAGUUGAAUUUGCUGCCUAUUUCACUUUA